AUGGGCGAUGCCUACAGGGGACCGCGCGUCUACAGGGACCGCGACGACAGCGACGAUGAGGCCGACCGUUACAGGAGCACCACCGUCACCCGCUACAAGGUCACGCCCGGUGGCCGAGCCGACAGGUACGAGCUCGACGAUGACCGUCGUUCCCGCUUCUCCGCCCGCACCUCGGGUGAUUUAGACUCGCCGGCCAUGCGUUCGCGGUCGGCCUUUGAGCCCUACGCCGGCGACGGACAGCGCAUCACCGUCUACGAGGGCGAUUCCGACUGGGACCGGCGGACCAACUACGGCUUCAAGCCGGCCAAGAAGGCGGACAGGAAGGUGGAGAAAAAGGUGCAGAAGAGGGUCGAGGAGCGCUUCGACGACGACCACGGCCACGAGGUCGAACGCUACCGCAAGGAGACCGAAUACUACGUCCAGCCCGACCCGCCCCCGGCGCCCGUCAUCAUUCGCCAGCAGGCGCAGGAACCGCAGCGCAUCAUCGUCCAGGAGGCUCCCCCGCCGGCGCCCAUCGUCCUGCCGAGGCAGCAGCCCGGCCUCGUCGUCGUCCGCGACAGGGAGCAGGACCGCACCGACAUCGUCCGGCGCGGGGACCCGUACGACGAGGAGUACUACUACCGCCACGAACGCAAGGACCUGGGCCCGUACAGGGGAGACCGCGACCACGUCGUGUCCCGCUACGAGCGCCGCCACCGCAGGGACGACUACAGCGACGACGACGACAGCUACUACGUCCGUCGACGCGUCGUCCGUCGCGACCGCAGCGAGAGUCCGUACGACCACCGGCUGCAGCUCGCCGAGGGCGCCCUCGCCGGCGCCGGCAUCACGGCCCUCAUGUCGAGCCGCCGCGACGAGUACGGCGAUUUGCCCGAGAACCGCGGACGCAAGGUCGUCGCCGGCGCCGCCCUCGGCGCCCUCGGCACCGAGGCCCUUCGCCGCGCUCACAGCGCCUACGAGGACCGCUACCGUGACGGUCGCGAGUCGCCCGAUCAUCAUUCGAGGUUGAAAAAGGGCCUCGGCCUCGCCGCCGUCGCCCUCGCCGCCGCCGGCGCCGCCAAGUUUUACGAGGCCAACAAGGUCGACCGGGAGGAGGCCGCCCGCGGACGGAGCCGCACCCGCGGUGGCUACCACUCCGGGGACGACCACGACCACGAUCACGACCACGAUCACGACCACUACUCUCGCUCGCGUUCCCGCCCCGGCCGUUCCCGUCCGAGCAGCCGCAGGCGCAGCCUCUCGACCAUCGCCAAGGCCGCCCUCGGCACGGCCGCGACGGCCGGCAUCAUCAAGCACUUCCACGACAAGUCCAAGUCGAGGUCGUCGUCUCGCCGCCGCAGCCGCUCCCGCAGCAAGUCCGUCCUCCGCCGCGCCGCCGAGGUCGGUGGCGUCGCCGUCGCCGCCGGCGUCGCCAAGAAGAUGUGGAAGGACCACAGGGACAAGAAGGAGGCCGAGCGCGACCGCAGCGUCAGCGACGACGGCCGCCACCACCACCACGGCCGUCGCUCGAGGAGCCGGGCUUUCAGCAGGGACCGGAGCGCGAGCCGGGGCGUCGAACGGAGCCCAAGUCGGAGCCGGAGCCGGAGCCGGAACAGGUCCAUGGCCAGAUCCCCUCCCUCACCUACCAGGGCUGAUCCUGAGCUAGGCCUCGUUGAGUACGGAAACGAACCUCUGCCGCCGCAGGAUCGGCCCUACGAGGUCGAGGCCGACGACGGCCGGUCGCCGCGUCGUCGCCCCCGCCGCCACCGCUCCGCUUCCUCGUCGCGUUCGGACGAGGGACGGAAGAGGAGCAGGAGCCGGUUGCGGGACAUUGCCGCCGCCGGAGCGGCCGCCUUUGGCAUCAAGGAGUUCAAGGACAGAAAAGACGAGGAAAAGCGGGCGAGACGUUCGAGGGAGAGGCGAUCGCGGGAGAGGGACGACGGGAGAAGCGCCGAACGAAGGAGCGACGACGAUCGAAGACGUACGAGGCCCCAGCCAGCCCCGAUGAUGAGUGCGCCGGAAGAGCUAACACGGACGGCAGACCACGACGAGCGGAGACGGGACGACGGAGCCUACUACGACCAUCGCCACGGCCACCGCGCGAAUUCGCCCCCGACCGCCUCCGGAGGCGCCUACUAUCCACCCUACCCCUCGACCCCCGCCGGACCCGGCCAUGGGCCGUACUCGGAUCCCGCCGGGAUCCCGCCGCGAGAGUACCAGCCGUACGUGCCGCAAGACUACACCGGAUACGUUCCGCCGCCGCCGCCGCCGCCAGGUCCCCCUACGGCAUCCGAGUCGGGAUUCGGUGGUGGGUAUCCUGUCACGGGACCGCCGGGACCGCCGCUUCCGGGACCGCCGCCGCUCGGGGGACCGCUACCCCACGGCAACCUUCCGCCAACCCAUGUGAGUGAACAUUUCCGAAAUCAAAGCCACCGAGAUGCCGCGGAGGGUGUGAGCCACGGCCACGCGCAUCAUGAUGUCCCCUGGCAAGGCGACCCCUCGGUUUCCAAGUCUGUCUCCUUCAUUCCUCUCUCCCCCAAGAGUUCCCGGACCAUGGAUCGGCAUCGACGCGAGCAAGCGGCUGCCGCCGAGGAUGGAGGCCAUGUCGUCGACGUCGAUGCCCGCGCUCGACCCAGCUUCCACCAUCGACGGUCCUCCGACCCUUCCUCCGACCGCCCCGUUGUCCACGCCGGCGACGCCAGCGCCGAAGACGAGGUCGAGGUCCUGCCAGACCGUUUCGACGCCCAGGGCCGGCUGCUGCACGACCGCUCUGCCAUGGUUGGCGGGUGGUCAACCAGGAGAGGCACUUUUCAACGGUCGCCACGCAACCCUGGCGAUUGGAACCUUCGAGGGGCGUGGCAGCGCUCGAGGGCCGCCGGAGCUGGAUGGGUGUCGUCGGAGACCUUUUCCACGCCAAUGGGCCUGGAGCGCAGCCUGAUUGCCGCCGCAGCAGUCACGGAAGCGAAUGCGGCCGAUGGGACCCUCGAGGGACGCGCCGACAUUGGAGGGCAGGACGCGACGAGUGUCGAUGACGAACAUGACGACAAAGACGACGACAAAGACGACCACGACCAUGACAAAGACGACGACAAAGACGACCACGACCACGACGACCACGACGACGAUGAGUGGAUGAUUGGUGGACAUGACGCGAAUGAUUUACGAUCCAACGACAGCUACCUUGGCUUGUCUUUUCCAUUAACCUUGCUGCUGCGUCGUUUUCUAUAG